AUGGAACUCAACCAAAUUCAAGUGUACCUAUAACAGAUAAUCCAGUGAAUUUUACUGCAAAUUAUUACAUUCGUGUUUAUACAUCAGGUUGUUAUUAUAUUGAUUCAAGUAACAAUUGGCAAUCAGCUGGCUGUGUGGUUGGCUCAAAAACUUCGCAUACACAAACAGAAUGUUAUACGAAUCAUUUAACGACAUUUGCUGGUGGUUGGAUAGUCUUACCAGCACCAAUUAAUUGGAAUUAUGUAUUUGCUAAUGCUAGUUUUGCAAAAAAUAUGACAAUUUAUUUAACACUUAUACUCCUAUUAGUACUUUAUAUAUUAUUUAUGAUCUAUGCUCGAUAUAAAGAUAAGAAAGAUGUUGAAAAGCUUGGUGUUACUCCAUUGCCGGAUAAUAUUUUGAAUGAUAAAUAUUAUUAUCAAAUUAUCGUAUUUACCGGUCUACGACGAGAUGCUGGAACAGAAUCAAAAGUUCAUUUUAUUAUAUCUGGUGAUGAUGAAGAAACAGGUGUACGAACAUUUGAAGAUAAACAUAGAAAAGUUUUACAACGUGGUGGUAUUGAUUCAUUUAUUAUGGCUGUAUCAAAACCACUUGGUCGACUUAAUUAUAUGCGUGUUUGGCAUGAUAAUUCAGGUACAGCAAAUAAAGCGUCAUGGUUUCUUAAAUAUAUUGUUGUAAGAAAUUUACAAACAAUGGAAAAAAAUCAUUUUAUUUGUCAACAAUGGCUUGCUGUAGAAAAAGAUGAUGGAGUUGUUGAUCGAUUAAUACCGGUUGCAGGCGAUGAACAAAAACAAGAAUUCUCCUAUUUGUUAUCAAAAAAGACAUUUCAUUCAAUGUCGGAUGGUCAUCUUUGGUUUUCAAUUUUUUUAAGACCACCAUCAAUACGAUUUACACGUUGUCAACGUUGUACAUGC